ACGUGGCGGGCAAGAGGCACGAUCACUAAGUGCCAGAUAGGAAAUAUUACUAGUUCUGCCUGCGACUGCAUGAAAAACCUUCAUGUUUUCCAACGGACAAUAUCGCGUCAAGCGUUAAAAACAGGUUGCGCGUAUUGCCGACUAACUGGAAUGCAGUCCCAGUGGGACUGACUCAUCGGAUUGAAACGUAUGGCUAAAGCGCAAAAACGAAGGAAAAAAAAAUUUAGAGGAAAAUAGAGACGUAUUGAAGAAGUGACCUUGAGAACCUAAAUGUAGAUGAUUAUGAAAUUGUAAAUAAUAAAUCAGAUAAUAAAAAAGAGAGAGUAGCUAGAGGGAGAGAGGGAAAGUUGCAGUUAAGCUUAUAUCUUAGUCAAUUAUUUAUAAAUAUUGACACACAUUACGUGUGGCAUCCAAAUGAAACUGUUCGGAAAUUUUUAAACGGCACUUCUCAUAGGAUAAAUAUUAUAUGUUUGUACGAUUUAAUAAACAUUUAAAACUAAAUGACAUUCACUAAUCAAUUAUGUCGGUGCAGAUAAAAUAUGUUCGCAUAUAGGAAACAACGUAAUAUAAAGAACUGAGAUAAAAAGACAGGAAGCUCGUGCUAAGCGGUGUCAGAGUGGACGUCUCAGUCCGUAAUCAGUACAAACUGUGCAGCGUUCGGAAGAAGAUAAAAAUCUGUAUAUAACAAUGAGGCUUGAUUCUCAAUAAACUGUGAUAUUUGAUCAACAUAUAAUUAUAUGUUGAUAGAAAAAUAAUUGUUAAAUAAUCUAAUAGUUGAAGUGUUUGUAAAAUCAUUGUUGGACGUGGUGUAAAUAAAUUCUAUUCACGUGUAAGUCCAUAUUCGUGCAAGAUAUUAUAACGAUAAGUACUUCUACCGAAGCGUGAGUCACAACUAUAAGAUGCAGGAAAUACUGAAAGUUCUGCUAAUGUUUUCACAUCUCAUUAUUAUCACGAAUUCGGAAGGCAUCUUGUGCUACAGAUGCACUCCAACAAGAGAAUAUAAUGGAGCGGGGUCUCUCCCGUGCGCUGAAUUUGACUGGAGUGAACGGUUCGAAGUUAAAUGUCCAAAGUCCACUUUAUGUAUGAAAAUAUCAAGCACCACACCUUUUGGGCAAAAAGAAGUUACAAUCGUUGAGAGGAAUUGUGCUCCACAGAAACUAUCUGUAUAUAAUUACAACCAGAAUAAGUCAAAAUGGGACCAUGAAGAAAAAAUAAUUCGCUCCGCGUACACCGAAAGCUGUGAAACUUACAAUGAUGAUACAACUCCAAAAGAAUACUGUUACUGUGGAUUGCAUUUAUGCAAUGGAUCUGAUUCUAAUAGUAAAAUUUUCUGUUCCUAUAUCAUUUUGCACAUAGCAGGAUUAAUGCUAUGCAUUUGGGCAAAUUUUCACAUCUAACAAAAGAUGAAUUAAGAAGAAUCUAGUCUGAAAAUCAUUAUUAAGAUUCAUUGCUUGAACUCGGAUAUUAUUCGAAAAAUGUUCUGUGCAUAAUUUCUCAUAUGGGGUGACUAUAAACAAAUUCUAAGUAUUGUUACAAUAUCUGGAUAUUACCUAAAAGUCGAACACUUAUG